UGAGCUCAACUUCUGUGCCUUCUUUUCAAUCAAAACUGUCUUGUUGUAAAAAUUCCUACUGCACAUGGCUCCUACUCUCAACUUUCAUAGGGAACAAAACCAGGUUCUUUUCACUGGAAAUUCUUGUGCGAAGGUGGUGAUACUAAACAGACCUGAGAAACUAAACAGCCUUAGCCAUGAAAUGAUUUGUCAAAUAAGAAGUAAUUUAGAGUUGUAUGAGAAUGACCCUUUAGUCCAACUUGUGAUAUUGAAGGGUAAUGGAAAAGCUUUUUGUGCUGGUGGUGAUGUGGUAUCAGUGAUCACGUCUUCACUUGCAGGACACUGGACCUAUCCAGCUAGCUUUUACAAGAAACAGCUUACUCUGGACCAUUUAAUUGCAACCUAUAAAAAGCCAACAGUGUCUCUGAUCAAUGGAAUAGUGAUGGGAGGAGGAGCAGGUCUCUCUAUGCCCACAACAUUUAGGGUUGUCACUGAAAAAGCAGUAUUUGCAAUGCCAGAGGCAUCUAUAGGAUAUUUUCCAGAUGUAGGAGCCAGUUACUUCCUUUCUAGACUUCCUGGCUUUUUUGGGGAAUAUCUAGGGUUGAGUGGAGCACGUUUGAAUGGAGCAGAAAUAGCAGCAUGUGGUUUAGCCACACACUUUCUGCCUUCAACAAAGCUAAAGUCAUUGGAAAAUGCCUUACAAGUUCUUAGUUCUCCAAAUGUUUCAACCAUUUCUGCUCUGAUAAAAACCUUCGCAGAGAAACCAAAUGUGAAAGAAGACAGCCCUUUUAGAAGGUUGGAAGUUAUAAACAAAUGUUUCUCAAAAGAGACUGUGGAGGAAAUAAUUGAAUCAUUGGAAGAACAUGAGUUACAAAAUGGAGCUGAAAAAUGGAUUACAAAUGCAUUAAGCUACAUGCGUUCAUCUUGUCCUACUAGCCUCAAGAUAUUUCUGAAAUCAAUUAAGAGAGGGCGGGUAGAAAAGAUUGACCAAUGUCUUUAUCGAGACUAUAUCAUUGCCUGCCAUUUCUUGAGAGGAACUAUCGGCAAUGAUUUCUAUGAGGGUUCGAGAGCAAAGCUAUUUGAUAAAGACAACAAGCCUAAGUGGGAGCCUUCGAAGCUAGAGCUUGUUGAUGAAGAAAUGGUGAAUGAAUACUUUAGGAAUAUCAAUGAUGAGGAGUGGGAAUAUCUUCGAUUUCCUGAUAGAUCCAAUUACCAAAUUGUGUGCAAGUUAUAGAUUGAAGCUACAAGGUUUAAUUCAACUCAUUCUUGGUGGUUAGCCAUAUUAACUAUUCAACAAGUAAUCUAUGAAUAAAGUGGAGUGUGUCUACAUUUACAUUUGAAUUAAGGUACAUAAGAGGAAUUGAAUUGUAAUGUAAAUUGAAGUUUUGAUGGGACGUGAUUCUGUCAAGCUUUUCUAUUUUGUGUUUUCUCCUUUGUCUUAUAUACAGUAUCAUUUUGAGGAGUAAAAAAAUAAAAAAUAAAAGAACUGUUCUUUUA